AUGGAUGGCAUAACCACUAGUAUAAAUACCAUACUAAAAAAUCUGAUUAAGAAUUUCAAUACCUUGUUGGAUUGUCCGGUACGUUUUUCGGGCGAGUAUGAGGGUGAAAAAGUACAUAAUUUUAUUGAAUACAUAGAGUAUUAUAAGCGAAUAAAGUGUAUAGGAGAUGAACAAGCUUUACAAGAAUUACAAUAUCUUUUACUGGAUCAAGCACAUUCGUGGUGGCUAAGAAGAAAAACCAAUUUACAUACUUGGUCUGAAGCACUAACUGUAUUAGAAAAUCAUUAUGCCAAAAGACGACCUACUCAUGAAGUCUAUAUGGAAAUACUUAAACAUAACUAUGCAGAUUACGAAUCUAAGGAAGACUUCAUUGAUGACAAAGUCGAAUUGUUCAAUGAAUUGUCUCAACCAGAAUUAAGAGAAGAUAACAAAUUAGAAAUAAUAUACGCAUUACUGCCAAAUGAUGUACAGAAUAAAGUAAAAUUUGUAAAUAUCAGUAGCAUAAAAGAGUUAAAAGAACAAUUGAAGUUAUUAAAAUUGGAUAGUGUUCCAACACUAUCAAAUCUAGGAAAUAUGAUAUCAAAUACUAAAAGUGCAGAUGCCCCAAAUGGAGAUUUGGUUCAAACGCCAUCUAAUCAAGACAAUAUAAUAUCAACUUCUAAAAGCACUGAACCGCCAAACGGAGUUUUGACUGAAGAGCAGAAUGAAGAUUGUUCCAAAAAGGACUCCGUUCAGAAUGAAUCAAAUAAUCAGACUCUAGCUUUUAGUACAGACAGUAAUGCCGACUCCGAAAGAGAUCCUAUAAUUAAAGUGAGAAGAACCGAAGAUUUGAUGCCACAAGAUAUUAAGGAAGAAGAGGAAACCCACAUGCAACAAGAAGAAUUUAUAGCCAACCAUACUGAAUCAACAACAAAUCAUACAUCGCAAGCAAAUCAUGAAGAUUUCCAAAUUGAUACCGAUAUAAUGAAUCAAAUUAAUAAUAUAAUUGAUGAAUCUGAAAUGAAUAUAAGUGCAUUAAAUAAUAAUCAAGUUAAUCCUUCAAUUAUUACACAACCAAAAAACGAUGCUGUAUCUUUGGAAUUGCUAGGUUUUAAUAUUGAAACUAAUAAACAACCUGAAAUAAACUCCAAAAAUUAUCCGGAACACCAAAGUAAAUCAUCACUAAAUGUAACAAAAAAAGUUAAAUUACGUUGCUCUUAUUGUCGUAAGGGCAAUCAUACAGCACAAACUUGUUUUAAAAGAGCAAAACAUAUGCAACAGUCUCCGGAAAGAUUUCUGACAACAAAGCCGAAAGAAGGCAACGACAUUUUACCGACGAAAAACAACGAGGAGCAUACGGAAUAUAUAUCAUCAAAUAAUAAUAAUAAUAAUAGCAAUACAACCAAUCCAAACAUUUCCGCUACAGAACCUGCUGUAACAACACCACCAACAUUUUUAAAUCAAGUUCCAACUACCUCAAUACUUUACACUUCUCUUAUAACCACAUCUCCUAUUGUUACAAGUUCUUCUUCUGUGAUUCCAAAUACUAAUACCGAGUCCAAAUUGAUUAAUACUACACUGACAACUAAGUUAAUUGCACCCAUUAAUGGAAAAACGUCAAACAAAAUGCUAGCCGCAAAAUUAUUACGCAGUAUAAAUACGCCUUCUCCGAAAUGCCAUCAGUGCGGCACUGUAGGUUAUUACAAAAGCAUUUGCCCAAAUUGUAGUCCCAUCUAUAAUAACAAUAACAAUCAUAAUCCGUAUGGUAAAUAGUCGUUUACGAAAAAAAAAAUAUAAAAUUAUUUCUACUUAUGUCUGUCUAUACCAACUACAUUUAUGUAUAUUUUGGAAGUACUUUUUAUUAGGAAAGAAAAUUGUAAAUUUUUUAAGUAUUAUUUUAUAGAAACACUCAGCGUUAUUACAAUUGCCAUAGUCGAAAACGAGUUGUUUUGAUAAAUUGCUAUUAUGAUUGUCGAAUACCAUUAAAAUACGACGAAAUGUCUACGUUUUUAUAAGUACGAUACAGCCAUGUCGGUCUAUUUGUUGAAAUUAACUUUCCGAAGCCCCCAAAUAACUUACAAACAUGAUUGAUAAAUCUGAUAAUCGGCCCACAAAUGGCUGAGAUAUAUGCAAAAAAAUGAUUUUUAACUAUUUUUGACAUAUAUCUCGAUAAGUCUGUACGUAGAUAAUAUGGAUAUCAAUUAAAAAUACAUUUGCAACGACGUAUAUAACGACAUAUCGCACACCCAGUUCAAAAGAGACACAACUCAAAAUUAAUUUGUCGGGUUAUAUAAACCCGAAAAAUGAAUUUUACGCUUAAACUAUGCACAAUACACUUGUUUAUCUAUACAAAAGAUAUCAGUGUAUUCUGUUGUUGUUAACUGUGGCUAAAAAAACACUAAUGUCUUUCAUUAUGUUUCAAUUGGUAUA